AUGGACGAAGUGGCUUUAAUAUCGUAUGUACAACAAUAUGAGGAGUUGUAUAAUUUGCGACAUCCCCACUAUAUGAACCAGCAAAGACGGGACAACAUAUGGGAAGAAAUUGGGGAACAAAUGAAUGAUACUGGGUCAGUAUGUAGAGAAAGAUGGACUAGAAUACGAGAAAGCUAUAGAAAGGCGUUGAGUUUAAGAAAGACCAAAAGUGGUCAAGCCGCUAACAAAAUAAAACCGCCUAAAUAUAACAAAGAGCUAAGCUUCCUCUUUCCCUAUAUAAACGAUGAAGAACAUAGAGUUUCAAAUAUAUCAGUACCAGCACGAGAAACGCCCUCUUCAUUUGUUUCUCCACAUUCCGAAUCUGGAGACGAUUCCCGACAUUCAGAAUCGCCGUUACCGAGAUACACUCCGAUUCGCCCCAGUAGUCGUACGUCAUCGCACAGAUCCACAGACAAUCCUACCACUAGUGUAGCAACAGUACUAGAGGACUAUUUGGCCGAACAAAAACACCAGUCACAUACUUCUGCGCAAAGCAAUAUUAAUGUUAACCAAGAUCCUUUAAUAGAUUUUUUUAUGAGUAUGGCUAGAACUGUACAACGACUUGAUGAAAAGAAACAACUGUACAUCAAAGGUAAACUCUUUCAAUUAGUGCAUAAUGCAGAACUGGAAACGCUAAAUGAAAAGGAUGCUACUUCUGUACCUAUUGAAACGGUUCACUCCCCUGUAAUGGACCUCUUUACCUUGCCGCUAAAUCCAGUACAAAAUACUACAAUCGUUGAAUCCACUAUAUCUGGACAGCCUCAUUUCACCAAUAAAGAAAUUCGCUCUCGACAACAAACUUCAUAUAUUUCACCGACCACCUCAGCUAUCACACCUGCAGUGUCUCAUUUCACAAAUGCUAAAACUGAACGACCACGUAUUGCACCGACCACAUCGACUGUCACAUCUGGAGUGACUCAUCAUACAAAUACAGAGACUACAUUCAAGUAUUACACCGACAACUUCGACUAUGACAAAUGA